CCCAGUUUAUUUUUUGGCUUCCUCUCCGUCUCUUUUCUGGCCAUCGUUCCUUCCCAUCGGCCUCUUCACCUAGGGAUUGACGUCCUUAGAGAACAUAGGCUUUUGGGGAGGAGGUCUAAAGCCCUCCAACGAGGGGAGACACAUAGUUCUAGAGAGGUUUAGGUGCAGGACAGGACUUUGGAUUUAGGGAUCCUCCGGGGCAUUUUCUUCUACAGUUGAAGCCAUGGAAGGGGGCGUCCAUAAAGCGGACAAUACAGAAUUUAAGGAAUGUUUUAGUCUGACAUGGAAACAGCCAUACAUUCUUCGCCUUGCACUCUCUGCCGGCAUUGGUGGUCUUCUUUUUGGCUACGACACAGGUGUUAUCUCUGGAGCACUACUAUACAUUCGUGAUGACUUCCGACAAGUUGAUAGAAGUACUGUACUCCAGGAAACCAUUGUGAGCAUGGCUGUAGCUGGAGCUAUAGUUGGCGCUGCAUUUGGUGGAUGGAUGAAUGACAGAUUUGGAAGGAGACCUUCAAUACUGUUUGCUGAUCUGUUGUUCUUUAUUGGUGCCGUCAUAAUGGCUAUUGCACCAAUUCCUGAAAUUAUAAUCCUGGGGAGAAUCUUUGUGGGCAUUGGAGUUGGGAUGGCUUCCAUGACUUCUCCUCUCUACAUUUCUGAAGCUUCUCCUGCCAGAAUUAGAGGUGCUCUUGUCAGCACUAAUGGGUUACUUAUUACAGGAGGACAAUUUCUGUCCUACCUCAUAAAUCUGGCUUUCACUAAGACCCCAGGAACUUGGCGCUGGAUGCUCGGUGUGGCCGGAGUUCCUGCUGUUGUUCAGUUUAUAUUGAUGCUGAUGCUUCCAGAGUCACCUAGGUGGCUGUACAGAAAGGAAAGAAAAGAGGAAGCUGCAGAGAUCUUGAGAAAGAUAUACCCGUCUCAUGAAGUUGAGAAAGAAAUCGAAGCUUUACGGCUGUCGAUUGAAGCUGAAAUAGCAGAGGAAGGUUCCAUUGGGGGAGGUGGCACGUUCAGCAAAUUAAAGAAGGCAACAGGUAGUGUGGUUGUUCGCAGAGCGCUUGUGGCCGGCAUUGUUGUGCAGGUAGCUCAGCAAUUUGUGGGUAUCAACACGGUUAUGUAUUACAGCCCCACAAUAGUUCAAUUGGCUGGUUUUGCUUCCAAUAGCACAGCCUUGGCGCUGUCUCUCAUAACCUCUGGUCUCAAUGCCUUGGGUUCCAUCGUCAGUAUCUUCUUCGUCGACAGAGCCGGAAGGAGAAAGCUGCUUCUUAUCAGUUUGGUUGGAAUCAUUACGUGCUUGGCCUUGCUGAGUGGUGUCUUCUUUGGAGUUGCUUCACAUUCGCCGGCAGUUGAAUUGCCGAAUCCGGCCGGUGGAAACUCUACGUGCCCUGAUUUCAAGCCGGCUUCGGGCAUGACGUGGACGUGCAUGGAUUGCGUGAAAGCCGCCUCUGGGUGUGGAUUUUGUGCUCACGAUGGAGAUAAACUUCUUCCUGGGACCUGCUUGUCGUCUGAGACUGAUGGAAAACGAUUAUGUGAAACAUCAAGCCGGGAAUGGUACACUCGCGGCUGCCCAAGCAACUUUGGCUGGUUGGCUCUCAUUGCUCUCGGAGCAUAUAUCAUCUCCUACUCUCCGGGCAUGGGCACCGUCCCUUGGAUUGUCAACUCUGAGAUCUACCCUCUCAGAUACCGAGGAGUCUGCGGUGGGUUGGCCGCGGUGGCGAAUUGGGUCUCCAAUCUGAUCGUCACACAGACAUUCUUGAGCUUGACGGAGGCCUUAGGCACUGCGCCAACAUUCCUCUUGUUCUGCUGUGUUUCCGUGGUUGCGCUCGUUCUCAUUUUUUUGCUUGUGCCCGAGACCAAAGGACUGCAGUUCGAAGAGGUGGAGAAGAUGCUGGAGAGUAAAAGCUACAAGGCUUGGGAGAAGAGCUCUGUCCGAGCUCAAUCUUAGCCAAAUGUGCGUAUCACUAUUCACUGCCAAAAGUCUGUCCUGCAUUGGUAAUAUAAUAAUGAGUUAUUCCUUUCUCGGUUGAAUGUGACAAAUGCUGAUGACUAAUCCUGGGAAUAUGGAGCUCAAAAGAAUUUGGUCUUGAAAUGAUC